UUCCAUUCAGUAUGUUGUCUUUUCAUUUUGUUGAUGGUGGUCCUGGAAGUAAAUAGUGAAUUCAUUGUUGAGGUGAAAGAAGUAGACAUGGAAAAUGGCACUGCAAAAUGGCAAGUGGUCAGAAGACAAAAGCAGGAGUGGAUUGCUGCAGCCUGUCGAGAAGGAGAAGAUAACUCCAAGAGGAAUCCGAUUGCCAGAAUUCGAUCAGACUGUGAAGUGAAUCAGAAGAUUACAUACCGCAUCUCUGGGGCAGGAAUUGAUCGACCACCCUAUGGAGUAUUCACCAUUAACCCUCGGACUGGGGAAAUUAACAUCACCUCAGUGGUGGACAGAGAGAUAACACCACUUUUCUUGAUCUAUUGCCGAGCUCUGAAUUCAUGGGGUGAAGAUUUAGAAAGGCCUCUUGAGCUUAGAGUCAAAGUUAUGGACAUAAAUGAUAAACCCCCAGUCUUUACACAAAAUGUGCACACAGCCAGCAUCGAAGAAAACAGCGAUGCAAACACUCUGGUAGUAAAGUUAAGCACCACAGAUGCAGACGAAGGCAAUCAUCUGAAUUCUAAAAUUGCCUAUAAUAUCCUCUCUCAGGAGCUGGCAGGUGCACCGAUGUUCAUCCUGAACAGGUACACUGGAGAAGUCUGUACUAUGUCCAAUUUCCUCGACAGAGAGCAACACAGUAUGUAUAACCUCCUUGUGAGGGGCUCAGAUCGUGAUGGAGCUACCGAUGGACUCUCUUCGGAGUAUGACUGUAGAAUCAAGAUUUUAGACAUCAAUGAUAAUUUCCCCACUUUGGAGAAAACUUCUUACUCAGCAAGUACUGAAGAGGAUUGUUUAAGUUCAGAACUGAUACGAUUUCAAGCAAUUGAUCUUAACGAAGAAGGAACUGACAACUGGUUGACAAAAUAUUUAAUUCUCUCUGGAAAUGAUGGGAAUUGGUUUGAUAUUCAAACAGACCCACAAACCAAUGAAGGCAUUUUGAAGGUCGUCAAGAGGCUGGAUUAUGAACAAGUGCCUAAUAUUCAUCUUAGUAUCAGAGUUAAAAACCAAGCUGAGUUUCACCACUCAGUUGCCUCUCAAUUCCGAAUGCACUCAACCCCUGUGAGAAUUCAGGUUGUUAAUGUGAGAGAAGGACCCGCAUUUCAUCCAAAUUCUAUGACUUUCAGUGUGCGAGAAGGAAUAAAAGGAAAUUCCUUAUUGAAUUAUGUGCUUGGCACAUAUACAGCUAUAGAUUUGGAUACAGGAAAUCCUGCAAAAAAUUUAUUUAAAAACAGGUGUAUCAUGGGACAUGAUGCAGGCAACUGGUUAAAAGUAGAUUCAAGGACUGGUGAGAUACAAUUUUCUAGGGAAUUUGAUAAGAAGUAAAAAUAUAUUACCAAUGGGAUAUACACAGCAGAGAUCCUGGCUAUAGAUGAUAAGAAAAUAAAAACAAAUACCGGAACCAUAUGUAUCGAAGUUCCUGAUAUCAAUGAUUACUGCCCAGUCAUCGUUGCUGAGAGGGAAACCAUCUGCCUUGCCUCUUCCUCUAUCCUUAUCUCUGCAACAGUCAUUAACGAUCACUCUUAUGGGUCUCCCUUUACCUUCUGUGUUGUUGAUGAACCCCCAGGGACAGCGGACAGUUGGGAUCUCAGAUCAAUAAGUGCUACCUCUGCAAUCCUGACAGCUGAGCAGCCUUUAUAUCCCUUAUAUUACGAGAUCCCAAUCCUACUAAAGGACAGUUUUAACAGAGCAUGCGAAUUGCCGCAGAUCGUGGAGUUAAUGGCUUGCGACUGUGACAUCGACAACAUGUGCUUGUACCCGAGUACCACCGGCAUCAGCACUGGGGACGGCAGCUCCGUUACCAGUGUGUCUGUCACUGAUGACCAAACUGGGGGUUCAAAUGUUGGUCUCGGACCAACAGGGAUUGGCAUGAUUGCACUGGGCCUCUUACUACUGCUUCAUAACCGUGCCAGCCGCCAAGCCUCGGUUGAGCCCUUGUCUUUGCCUAGGGCCGUGGGCUCAGCGGUCGGGACCCGGAGGCCGCCUGUGGAGCUGGGAGCUACCUAG